AUGACGGGAAUACGCGACGUAUGGGCGCCUAAUCUAGAGGCGGAAAUGAGGGUCAUCCGCGAUCUGAUAGAACAUUUCCCGUAUGUCGCAAUGGACACCGAAUUUCCGGGAGUCGUCGCUCGUCCAAUAGGAAACUUUAAGACUUCCUCGGACUACCAUUAUCAAACUAUGCGGUGUAAUGUUGACCUGCUCAAGAUCAUUCAAGUUGGUAUCACGCUGGCGAACGAGGACGGGGAGUUUCCACAGGAAAUCUCAACAUGGCAGUUUAAUUUUCGAUUCAGUUUGACUGAUGAUAUGUUCACGCCUGACUCCGUGGAACAAUUGCAAAAAGCUGGUAUCGAUUUCGGACGCCAUGAGGAAUUUGGGAUCCUUCCCAAUGAUUUCGCCGAACUUAUGAUUACGUCGGGCAUGGUGCUAUCGCACGAUACAAAAUGGAUAUCUUUCCACAGCGGCUAUGAUUUCGGAUAUUUCGUGAAACUUUUGACAGCGGAAUCUCUACCGACAAACGAAGAUGCCUUCUUUUCACUUCUCAAAAUAUGGUUUCCCACCGUUUACGACAUCAAGUUCCUGAUGAGGGCGUCUAAGGCCCUCAAAGGUGGCUUGCAAGAAGUUGCAGACGACCUCGGCGUCAUGCGCAUCAGCACGGGUCAGCAUGAGCAAACUGGCUCUGACUCUCUCCUGACAGCUUCAACUUUCUUCAAGAUGCGAGAAAUUUACUUCGAUGAUCACAUUGAUGACGCAGAGUAUUCAGGGAAGCUAUACGGUCUUGGACAAACCUUCUCGAUGUCAAAUGGGUUGACUGAUCCCGCAAGAGGAGGGGUUACGAUCGCCGAGAGAGAAGACAGAGGUUCAGUAAGGGACGCUCACAACCAAACACCUGGACCCAACAAUGGUAGCAGCCAGCAAACACAGCCGACGUCGAUGACGUUGGGUCCUAUGACAGCUGGUAUACAAUCUGCCAUGACACCUGGUGGAUAUGGCUCCAUGAACAAUGGACCACAAGCAUACAUGCGGACGAUGGUAGGGGGAGGGCGUUAA